AUGGCCUCGCUAGCCGAGAUUGCCUCGCUGCUCGACGUCUCCUCCGUCUUCCUCUUCCUUGUCACAUUCGCCGUCUUCUCCCUGCCCGUCCUCAUCAUCUUCCCGCCCAUCCCGGUGGAGCGCUCCGACGCCCUCGGCCAGACACACUCCAAGAUCGGCCUCCCGGCGGCACGGGACGGCCGUCCGCGCGACCGGUGUCCUCCUCCUCUUUCUCCUCAAGCGACCGACGACGACGACGACUCCUCUCCCGCGCCGCCGCGCUUCAUCCACCCGCUCACAUCCUGUCGCGGCAUCGAGCUGCCCGACGCGACGGAGCUGCCCGGCGGCAACCUCGACCGCGUCUUUUGCCUCGCGCAGCGCAAGACCACCGCAUCCGACAGCGACUGGGAAGCGCUCGCGCCCCCGCGGAUGGCCGACCUCCAGGUCGACCUGUGGCUGCCCGACCCCGCCAAGCGCAGCCGCCAGCUCGGCCCCAUGUCCGCCGCCGACGACGCCUUCCUCGUCGUCCGCUUCCCCUGGCGCGACCCGGGGCUGGUCCGGGCCGCCGCCGCCAAGCUCAGCCGCGGCUCGCUGAGCGCCGCGCCGGAGCGCGAGUUCAUGCUGCCGCUCUCCCUGCCAUCCGAGCGGGAGCGCGCCGCCCGCGGCUACACGCGCUGUGGCCCGGUCACGCUCGCUGACGGCGAGCUCGUCUCCGCGGCGCUGGACAUGGGCGCCGAGCUGCCGGCAGAGCUCGCGGCCUACCUCGGCGUCGAGCCCGGCCAGCUGUCCCUGCUUCGCCUAGAUCCCGAGCGGAGGAGGGACCAGGCUGAACUUUGA